AUGUCGAAUCGUCCUAUUUUUAUGGCAACGCACCCACGUGCGUGCUCAACCGCCUUUGAAAGGGUGUUCAUGACACGCCGUGACAUCCUCCAGACUGCUCAUGAGCCUUUUGGCGAUGCCUUCUACUAUGGCCCUGAGCGCCUGGGCAGGCGCUUCAACGACGAUGAGGAGGCCAGGAUCAAGAGCGGCUUCUCCCAGUCCACGUACAGAACCAUCAUGGACCGGCUCGAAAACGACGGCAAAGAGCAGGGUAAGCGAGUCUUCAUCAAAGACAUCGCUCACUAUUUGCUGCCGCCCGACGGUCAGCCCGCCAAAAUCGCUCCCAGCCUCGUCGGUGGCCACACCCUGACCAACGGCCCCGGCUCCAACAACGACAACGAGACCUCCAACGCCCCGGAGCACACGACCGGCACCGUCAACGGCCCGACAAACGGCGGGGAGUCUGUUGCUGCUACUGCUCCCGCUCACACAAAUGGUUUUGUCAAUGGCCCGACAGACGCCAACUCUGAGGAGGAGAACCCGACGGUGAUGCCGACCGAGAUGUUGCGGGGGUUCCACUGGACGUUCCUGAUCAGGCACCCGAGGCGGUCCAUCCCGUCGUACUACCGUUGCACCAUCCCGCCCCUGAGCGAGAUCACGGGCUUCGACGAGUUCAUGCCCGCCGAGGCCGGGUACGACGAGCUGCGCCGGCUCUUUGACUACCUGCUGGACCAGGGCAUCAUCGGCCCAGCCAAGGCCGGAGACGAAGCGCCCCUGGACGAGGCACUCAAUGACACGAGCAGCGAGCAGGGCGGCUCCCCGGACCGCUGCUCCAUCACGGUCAUCGAUGCCGACGACCUGCUCAACAACCCCGAGGCCAUCCUCAGGAUCUACUGCAAGGAGGUCGGCAUCGACUACAACCCCUCCAUGUUGCAGUGGGGCGACGAGCACAACCAGCAGCACGCCACCAAGGCUUUUGAGAAGUGGUACGGCUUCCACCACGACGCCAUCGACAGCACGUGCCUGCGGCCAAGGGCGGGUCAUCAUAAGGUUCCAUCCGUCGAGGCUGAAAAUGAGGAGUGGCGCAAGAAGUUUGGCGAGGAUGCCGCCCGCUUGAUCAGGGAGACAGUCGACGCAAACGUCGCUGAUUAUGAGUACCUCAAGUCCUUUGCCAUUAAAGUUUGA